AUGAUCCUUGAAGAAAGAGACAUGAGCUCCCAGCCCCCAGCCGCCUUGACAACCAACAUCCUGGUGGUCCCCAGGCGUGGCCAGAUGCCCAUGCCCGGCGCAGACAGACCCCACCAGCCCCAAAUGCUUCACAAAGAGGGUAAUCAGGAAGCAGCCGCCGCCCCGGACACCAUGGCUCAGCCUUACGCUUCGGCCCAGUUCGCCCCCCCUCAGAACGGCAUCCCCGCGGAAUACACGGCCCCUCACCCCCACCCCGCGCCAGAGUACACGGGCCAGACCCCCGUCCCUGAGCACACGCUAACCCUGUACCCUCCCGCCCAGUCGCUGUCGGAGCAGAGCGCUGCGGACACCAGCGCGCAGACGGUCUCCGGCACCGCCACACAGACAGAUGACGCAGCACCGACGGAUGGCCAGCCCCAGACACAACCUUCUGAAAAUACGGAAAAUAAGUCCCAGCCCAAACGGCUGCAUGUCUCCAAUAUCCCAUUCAGGUUCCGGGAUCCGGACCUUCGACAAAUGUUUGGCCAAUUUGGUAAAAUCUUAGAUGUUGAAAUUAUUUUUAAUGAGCGAGGCUCAAAGGGAUUUGGUUUCGUAACUUUCGAAAAUAGUGCCGAUGCGGACAGGGCGAGGGAGAAAUUACACGGCACCGUGGUAGAGGGCCGUAAAAUCGAGGUAAAUAACGCCACAGCACGCGUAAUGACAAAUAAAAAGACCGUCAACCCUUACACAAACGUGCCCGGCUUCCCGUAUCCAGCAGCCACCGCCGCGGCCGCCUACCGAGGGGCGCACCUGCGCGGCCGUGGCCGUGCCGUGUACAACACCUUCCGGGCCGCAGCGCCCCCACCCCCGAUCCCAGCCUACGGCGGGUAA